AUGUCAACGAACUUCGCAACAAAAGAUGGUAUCCUCAUUCGGGUAAUGACCAAAGAGGACUUCAAGAAGAUCGAAGAAUCCAUUUACGACGAAGAACCGCUGCGGUCUGGAUUAGAGGAUGACACGAAGGCUGAAGUGCAGUUAGCUCUAAUUGAGGGAUUAGAAAACUAUCACAAUUCAUUGAUAGAACAGGGCAAUUGCUUGGUGGCAAUCAAUGAGAAUGAUGGUGGACGGAUUGUUGGAAGUGUCUUGGCAGGAUGUGAAACCUACAGCAAUCUACAGAAGAAUCUUGCGUUAGUUGCUGCCCUGGAUGAUGGUACUUUUAAAAGAAUUGCCACGUUUGAGUUUGAGACCAAAAUCAAAGUGAACUACUUUGAACGCUUUGGUGUUUCUAGGGUGCUUCUUUCUCAUAUGACAAAUGUCGAUGCAUCUGUGCGAGGAAAGGGACUCGGAACACGCUUAACUGCUGCUCUUAUAGAAUUGGGUCGGAUCCAAGGCUUUCCUAUUAUGAUUGCAUUUUGUACGAGUUUCUAUUCAGCCCGACAAAAGAAGGCAUUGGGAAUGGAGUGCAUUUAUACUCAGGCCUAUCAAGACUAUAGGGAUGCCAAUGGCGAAGCGGUGUUUAAACCUCCAGCUCCUCAUACCCAUACACGCAUCUUGGCUACUAAACUAUGA